UCAACACAUUUCACGUGUUUUUGUGUUUAUAUUUGAAUUUGCUUUAAAAAAUACUUAUAACUUAGGCGAAAUGGAGUGUUUAACUGCAGAAAUACCAGCCGAUAUAGUAGAUAAAAGUAUAGAAGUCAAGGAAAUUGAGGAAGGUGUUCAGGAAUCAAAAGAUCCUUCAGUUGAAACUGCUAAAGAUGAAACCGCAAAUGCCGGCGAGGAAUUCGCCUAUUUGGAGCGAAAUGAAUUUACUUCGGAAAUAUACAAGAUAGAAGUAAAAAACAUGGGCUAUUUCGGAAUUGGGGAGUUCAAGAAGCUCUUGAGGAUCACCCUCAAAUUGGACGUGACGAAAAUAAAGUCGCCGACCCGAAAGGAAUUCGCGUUUGUGUGCUUUCGCACUCAGGAGGAUCAACAAAGGGCCUUGGAAACCCUAAAUGGGUAUAAGUGGAAGGGGAAAGUCCUGAAAGCUCAGGCCGCCAAAGCCUCCGCCGAUCCCCUCCUGAAAAAACGGGCUGCUGAAGAUCAGCAAACAGAGAGAAAGCCCAAAAAACAGAGAACGGCCGUGGAAGCCACAUGUCCCUUAGCGGAUAUUCCUUACGAGCAGCAACUUAAGCAGAAAUCCGAGGAAAUGUCGGCACUCCUAUCAAAGUACACCCAAGAACUCAGGCGCCUGAAUCAUCGGGCAAAGCCUCAUCUGGAUAAAUUCAAAUUCGAAGGGGUGCUACCCUCUCCCACCAUAAAUGGCUACAGAAACAAAAACGAGUUCACUGUGGGAAAGAACUCGGCAGGAGAGGUGGUUGUGGGCUUUAGAUUGGGCUGCUAUAGCGAUGGAUCCGUGGAGGUGGCCGAAGUCCAGGAUUUGCCACAUCUUCCAGAAAAAGCCAAAUGGGCUGCGCGCAGUUUUCAAGAGCUGGUGAGGAAGUCCAAGUUCCUGCCUUUCAAUCCUGAGGGAAAUGUAGGUCACUUCCGCCAGCUGAUGGUGCGAUGUUCGAGUGCCACAGGUGAACUAAUGCUGGUGGCUGGCAUUUACUCCUCGAAUUUAAGUGACGUCGAGCAGGCCGAACUGAAACAGGAGCUCAAAUCCUUCUACGAAGAAGCUGAGAAAGAUUCACCGCUCAAAUGCACCUCUCUCUACUAUCAAGAUGUCAAACACCGGGAAGCAGGGCAGAUGGUCAAUCCAGUGGAGCACAUUUCCGGCAGCACCCACAUCAGUGAUACCAUUCAGGGUCUCCAGUUUCGAAUCAGUCCAUUGGCAUUUUUCCAAAUCAACACGGAAGGAGCCAAUGUGUUGUAUCAAAAAGCCAUCGAUUUAGCUGCCCCCACGAAAGACACCACCAUGUUGGACAUUUGCUGUGGCACUGGAACCAUUACCCUGGCGUUUGCCAAGCACUGUAGAAAUGUUUUCGGCGUGGAAAUCGUCCCUGAUGCCAUUAAGGAUGCUGAGUUCAAUGCAGAUGCGAAUGGGAUCAAGAACUGCAAGUUCUUCACCGGAAAUGCAGAUGAUUUCAUCAAAAGUAUGGUGCGCGAGGCGCUUUAUGAGCAGGAGAUUGGAAAGCCUGUCGAUCUCAUUGCCGUAGUUGAUCCCCGAGCUGGAUUGCAUCACCGCUCGAUAGCCGCAAUCCGCUCAGCGGACGCCAUCAAUCGUCUGGUAUACGUGUCCUGCAAUCCGCACAGUGCCAAACGGAACUUCAUCGAGCUGGCCAGGCCGGAGUCUAAGCAAUACAAGGGAGAGCCGUUCUAUCCGAAGUCCGCUGUGGCCGUUGACAUGUUUCCCCACACCACGCACACCGAGCUGGUCAUUCUGUUCGAGCGUGAGCCCAAGACAAAGGCGGAUGAGAAGGCAUCGCCGGAGGCAGCGGGCGAAGAGUCAAAGUCUGAGGCAACCGCAGAAGCUGAAAGCGAGGAGAACACCGCAUCCGCAACGUGACGUGUUUGUUGCCGGGUCAGCCGCGAUUCGCUCAGACACCGAACACCCAGAUGCCUCAUUACCUCUUAUCUGCCGCGUUGCUGGCUUCGAUCAUUUUCUCUCUUUGUGGCGGCUGAUGCUACGACUUUUA